AUGCCGUAUUUUAUCCUGCGUCCGGCGCCCCCCGUCGCCGCUAAUGCCAGCCUCGCAGUCCUCCAACAUGCCCGCACUGCCGCCGCACGCCCGUCCGUCGCGCCCUCCUCCAUCCUAGGCCCGGCUCUUGCAUCCCGGCCUUUUAGCACUGCUAGCCCGCGCCUCGACUGGUUGUCCCCCAGGGUUGGCCACAACAAGAAGGACCGCAAGGGCAGACCGCGCGUGCCUACCGGCGGCUCGAUGCGCGGCACCACUAUCAUCUGGGGAGACUACGGCUUGCGCCUCAAGGACCACGAUCGCCGCAUCUCGGCCAAGCAUCUCAAGAUCGCCGAGGACACUAUCCGCAAGCGUCUGCGUGGUCUGAAGUUCCGCCUGUAUACGCGCAUAUGCGCAAACAUCGGUGUCUACACUUCCGGCAACGAGUCGCGUAUGGGUAAGGGAAAGGGUAGCUUCGACCACUGGGCCAGCAGAGUGGCGAUCAGCAAGAUUCUAUUUGAGUUGAAGGGUGAUGUCCACGAGCAGGUGGUGAGAGAUGCGUUCAGGUUGGCCGGAACCAAGCUACCAGGCCAGUACGAGUUCGUCAGGAAGGGAGAUCCGCCCGUCAUGGGUAUAACGAAGGUUGGAAACGGAAUCACCGUUGAUGAGCUCAAGAGGCCACGCAAGAAGCUUCCUCUUGAAGAGAGUGCUGAGCGGAUAUCUGCGACUACCCCUCCCUAG